AUGGGACACGGUAUCGGGGCUAUAAAGGCAGCCGGAUUAUCGCCAUUUGCAAGCGAGUUCACCUCUGAGGGUUACGCAGCAGUCACGUUCGACUAUAUCGGUUUCGGCGAAAGUGAAGGCUCUCCGCGAAACGUGCUUAACGUGCAACAUCAGCUACAAGACUUCCGAGACGUUAUAAAAUGGGUGCGCGAGCCCGAGCAGAGCGACUGGGUUAACUCUUCUAGUAUUGUUGCUUGGGGGAGCAGUUUUGGCGGUAUGCAUACUACAGCUUUGAUGGCCGAGGAUCACGAAUUGGCAGCGGGUAUUGCGCAGUGCCCACUGGUGGAUGGACUUGCUGGUGUGUUGCAAAUGCCUUUGACUCGGUCGUUGAGACUGGCAACCACGGCUGCCGCUGACAUCUUGGGAUCAUACUUGCUGGGUGCCAAAGAACCACAGUAUGUCGACCUGGUUAGUGACGGCUCAACCGCAGCAGUCAUGGCUUCAAAAGAGGCAGCGGAGGGCUGGGCUCGCCUGACACCUGACAACGGCGAAGACUGGCCCAAUAUCAUCGCUGGGCGGUCUCUAUUGAGCAUCAUGUUUUCUCGACCAUUGUUGCAAAUUCACAAGAGCACCCGCCCAUACCUAGUUAUUCUGCCAACAUGGGAUAAUGAGGCCUCGUUGAAUGCUGCCGAAGAGUGCGUCAGACGGGCACCUCUAGGAGAGGCCUUGAGAGUUGGAGGGGGUCACUUCGACUUAUAUAAGGGUGGCAUUGCGUUUGAAAAGAAUAUCGCAGGCCAAAAGCAAUUUUUAAGACGGCUCCUAUGCAAGUAG